AUGUGCGGAAUUACCUUUGUAUUGAGAUAUUUGACUUCUGCUGCCUCUCAGCAGGAAUGUCGCGAAUUAGCACUCGAACAAGUUCGUGCCUAUUCCAAAUUAUUGGCUCAUCGUGGUCCUAUUGAAUCCGAUAUUCGUGUAUGGCCACUUGAAUCAUCCGAUGUUGAAAAACAUUCAUUUGCUUGUAUGGCCCAUGAACGUUUGUCCAUUAUUGACCUCACCACUGGAAAACAACCUAUUCUCAGUCAAGAUGAACAAUGUGCUGUGAUUCACAAUGGAGAAAUUUACAAUCAUGAUGCCAUUGAUGAAGAAUUGAAGAAGGAAGGCUUUGUGUAUCGUACUCAUUCCGACUCGGAAUGUAUUCUCCAUUUGUACGAACAAGCAAAGAAGAAACGUUUAGAAAGUGGUGUUGAUAUUGAUCCUCUUACUGUCAUUAACAUGAAAGAUGCUGUUGAGUUUGUUUCCAAAUUGGACGGUUAUUUUGCUACCGUUGUUUAUGAUACUACGACUCAAACUUUGGUAGCAGCUCGUGAUCGUAUCGGAAUCAAACCACUCUAUAUGGGCAAGAAGAAGAAUGAGGGACAAGCAAUGGAUAGUAUUUGGUUUGCCAGUGAGAUGAAGGUGUUGAGUGCUGCUGGUUGUUAUGAAAUUGAAAGUUUCCUACCUGGUAUGGUCUAUGUUCAACAUGCUUCUCAACCUAUCGGAACCAUGCAACAAUACUACAAUCCCAUUUGGUUCGAUACUUGCGUCUAUCAAAAACCAGAGGAAACCGAUUUGAAGAAGAUUAGAGAAGGCUUUGAGGCUGCUGUUCAGAAGCGAAUGAUGUCCGAUGUCGAGUUGGGAGUAUUUUUGAGUGGAGGUUUAGACUCGAGUCUUGUGGCUGCUUUGGUCAAGAAAUUUACCACUCAGGAACGAUUGCAUAGUUUUUCAAUUGGUAUUGGAGCGAAUGAGAGUUCAGAUUUAGUGGCUGCUCGUAAAGUUGCUGCUCAUUUGGGAACUGUUCAUCAUGAACAUAUUUUCUCAAUUGAGGAGGGAAUUGCUGCUUUGGAAAAGGUUAUUUAUCAUUUGGAAUCGUAUGAUGUGACUACGGUGAGAGCAACCACUCCAAUGUUUUUACUUUCUCAAUUAGCCUCUCAAUACAUUCGUGUCAUUUUGAGUGGUGAAGGAAGUGAUGAAAUGUUUGGUGGUUAUGUUUACUUUAGAGAUGCCAAGGAUAGUCAACAAUUACAAACUGAAUUGGUCACCAAAGUUAGAAAUUUGCACUUGGCAGAUGUGAUGAGAUGUGAUCGUGCUACCAUGGCUCAUGGUUUGGAAGCAAGAGUUCCAUUCUUAGAUAAGGACUUUUUAGAUACAGUCAUGAUGGUUCAUCCAGAUCAUAAAUUGCAUUCCUAUCAUGGAUCCGAUGGUGAAGAACAUAACAUGGAGAAAUUCAUUCUUAGAAAAGCCUUUGAUGGAUUGAAUUUGAUUCCAAAUGAAAUUUUGUGGAGAACCAAAGUUCAAUUCGGAGAUGGUGUUGGUCAUGGUUGGAUUGAUUCCUUGAAGGAAUUUUGUGAACAGAAAGUGAGUGAUGAAGAAUUCUUAAAGGCAUCUGAAAGAUUCCCUUACAACACUCCAAUUUCUAAGGAAGCUUAUUAUUACAGAUCAGUCUUUGAGAAGCACUUCCCACAAGAAAUUUGUGCCAAGACUGUGAAGAAGUGGUUGCCAUGGUCCAAAUUUGAAACAGAUCCAUCUGCUCGUUGGCAAAGAGCCUAUGCUGUUGAAGAACCAUCCAAGCAGUAA